CCUAAAUCAUGUGAGGGGGUCUGAACAUAAAAAGGAGCAGCAGGUGACCGCUGUUCCAGUCGACCUGCUCUCCAGCUCACAUAUCUGUACGUUCAUCUGAAGUGUGACAAUGUACGGGCAAAACCAAGGAAACCAGUACCCUGGUUAUCCCAACCAGGUACCGGGGACAUACCCUAACUAUCCUCCAGGCACCGCCCCACCACCUGUAUACCCUCCUCAGCCUCACGGCCAGCACGGAGGCCACCAAGGACAUGGACCUGGACCUGGUUGCUGCCCGGGUCAGGGGCAGGCACACGGUCAUGGGCACGGGCACGGGCACGGGCAUGGGCACGACCACAGCCACGGUCAUGGUCAUGGACAUGGAGCAUGCCAAGGACAGGGACAUGGACAAGGAGCAUGCCAGGGACAUGGACAUGGUCAUGGACAUGGACACGGAGACAAGAAAAAGCACAAGAAGCAAAAGGGCGGUCACAAACACAACAAAUGUCACAAGAAAGGAAAGGACUGUCACGGGUCCUCCAGCAGCUCAUGCAGCAGCGACUCGGACUAGAUGAAGUCCCGACACGUUGCCGUUUGGAAACUUUUAUCUCUCUAACAAACAUGCUCUCUAAAAUUGUCUUAAAUUUCCACAAAAAUAGUCCUUAAUAACCGUAACACGACUCCUUGGCAUGACAUGAUGUAAGCUUUUUUUUUUAAAUGUCAUAAUUGUAUUGUAAGCAAUACAUUACAGACACUAUUGUCCCCAUGAGUCUGAUUGUGAGAAUAAUAAAAGGUGCUCAUUUUCAUUAUAAAUCUGCAUUUCAAUGCCGUCA